UUCACAUGAGUGGAAGUGUGGAAGAGACACAUUACUACAACUACAAGGACACAGUUCCAGCAUCGCUUUUGGCAAAAGUGAAGACUUUCAUUAUCAUGGCUGAUCAGCAGGAUGAUACCAAUGCUUUAUUGAAUGAUUCUAGUACACCAGCCUUGGAACCGGCCAUGGCUAAAGCCAGAGAAGUACUAGAUAAGUUGCAUAAUGUGGUGCUCAACAUUGCUAUAACAGGAGUAACUGGGGCAGGAAAGUCUUCCUUAGUGAAUGCCAUCAGAGGGGUCGGUGAUGCAGAUGAAUUAGCUGCAAAAAUUGGGGAGAAAGAAACCACCACUGAGUGUGCCAUGUACAAACACCCAUCUAUGCCCAAUGUGAAGAUCUGGGACCUGCCCGGGAUUGGAAGCCCAAAGUUCAAAGCAAAGACCUACAUGAAAGAUGUAACAUUUCAAAUCUAUGACUUCUUUAUCAUAGUUGGUGGAAAAAGGUUCACAGAGAAUGACCUAUUGUUGGCAAAGGAAAUUAAGGGGACGGGAAAGAAUUUCUACUUUGUUCGUUCAAUGAUUGACCAAGAUGUAGCAAAUGCUGCAAGAAGAGGGGUGAUGGAGAAUGAAACUUGUCAAACAAUAAGAGAGGAUUGUGAGCAAAAUCUCAAGGAAAUGGGAUCUCCUCACGUCUUCUUGAUCUCAUCUUGUGACCUAGAUAGAUUUGAUUUCAAAGAGCUCCAAAAAGCUCUGGAGACAGAUCUUCCAGAUCACAAGAGAGAUGCCCUUGUUCUGAGUUUGCCAGUUUAUUCCAAGCAGUGUCUUGAAAAGAAAUACAAGAUAUUCAAGAAAACAAGCUGGGCUUUGGCUGCUGCAUCAGCUGGCAUAGCAGCAGCUCCAGUGCCAGGCCUGUCAGCUGCAUGUGAUGUUGCCAUGGUAGUAUCUUACUUCACCACAUGCUACCAUUCCUUUGGUCUAGAUGACAAAUCCCUUACAAAGCUGGGCAAGAGAGUAGACAAGCGAAUACUAGAAAAGGUUAAAGAAUCUAAACUUGUCCAGGCGAUUGCUAGUAAAACAUUUCUUAACACAGCAAUGGCAGGACGACUUUUGGCAGCAGGUGGUAUUGAGGCAUUGUGUGUCCUCGUCCCUGGUGUUGGAAGUGUGGCAGCAGCUGGGAUAUCUUAUGUUACCACAAAAGCUGUGCUUGAUGAGGGAUUGAAGGAAAUGUAUAAGGUAGCACAAGAAGUGCUUGAAAUGGCUGAGCUUUAAUCAAUAUUAAAAUGUUACUUAGACUAUACAAGUGGGUUACUGUAUUUUUUUAACACAUGCAAGAAACAUAUUUUUAUUAUUGAUUAAC